AUGGAGGAGGCAGAGAAAGUGAAGGUUGUAGUGAGAUGCCGGCCAAUGUCGCAACGGGAACUCAACCAGGGGCACAAGGUCGCUGUCAAAGUUUCGACGGAGGACAACUCUGUGGUACUGGAGCAAGCUACUGGGAAAGAAGAACCAAAGAGGACGUUUUAUUUCGAUGCAGUAUUUCCUCCUGACUGUGAUCAAAUGCGUGUGUAUAAUGUUGCAGCAAGACCGAUAGUAGAAAACGUGCUCAAAGGAUACAAUGGUACCAUUUUCGCGUAUGGGCAAACAGGAACCGGAAAGACGUUCACCAUGACGGGUGAUUUAGAUAGGCCAGAAUUACAGGGAAUAAUUCCAAACUCGUUUGCUCAUAUUUUUGACCAUAUCGCCAAGUGUCAGCAAGAUACCACUUUUCUUGUUCGCGUCUCUUACUUGGAAAUAUACAACGAGGAGUUACGCGAUUUGCUUGCCAAAGAUGGUCACACGUCAAAUUUGGAAAUCAAGGUACAUAAUUCUGUUUUGAGGUACAUAGUUCGAGCUGUUUGCGGUAGUGGGUGA